AUGUUUUCGUAUUUCAAAGGAUUAGUAACAAAGAAGACAUAGUUGUUCUUUUAACCCAAUAAUUAGUUCAGUGAAAUUUGGAAAAAGAAAAAGAACAUCAUUAUUAAGCCCUUCUCAAUUAUUUCAGGAGAAACUGUGUUUAGUGCUACCCCAAUUAAAGGUAAAUAUGGAGUUAAAAACGACUAUAUAACAGUAUUGAAGAAUGGAUGCAUGCUCACUGAAGUUAUUCCAUGCUCUAAAGAUAAUACAGGAAAAGUUAACAUAGAUUAUAGUAAAAGAUUAAAUUUUGCUAUGAGUCUUUCUAACAUGGGUUAAAUAUUGGCUAUAUCUGACGAGCUUAUUUCUAAAUCUACUAUCAACACCAAGAUUGAAUAUACUUUAUCAUCUGAUGUUAAGAAGAAAGCCCUUUACAUAAGUAAAAAACCUGAAGAUACCCAUUUAAAUAUAUAAAUCAAAGAAAGCAACUUAUUACCUGAUUAGAAUAAAUGGGCUGACCAUUUAUUACAAGCAAAUGUAUCUGUUCCUGAUUUUAUUAUCUUUAGAGAACUUUGUAGAUUUUCACUCCCUUACAUGAUUGGAUGGUAAGCUUUAGCCUCUUACGACUUUGCUGAAAAAGAUUCUAGUGAUGAUAGAUUGUGA